AUGUCUUCAAAACUCAUCCCCCAAAACCCGGCAGACGUCAUGGUCAUCCGCGACCUCACCCCAAACAUCACAACCUUCUCCGUCCCCUUCUCCCGCUUCGGCACCCUCAAAAUCGGCGGCCGAGCAACCCUAGGCGGCAACCUCGCCUACAUCAUCGCCCCCGACAUGGAGCACCACAUCUUCAUCUCCGAGUACAAGGCCGCCUACCCGCAGGCCAAGAUCAUCGGCCCCGACGGCCUGCCGCAGAAGCGCGCCAAGCAGACGGGCGACCCCAAGAUCAACACCACGGACGAGUUCUUCGUCGUCUUCAAGGACGGCGCCGAGAAGCGCAGCACCACCAUCACCCCCGAGUUCGACGCCGACUUCGAGUACGAGUACGUCGACGCCCAUGCCAACAAGGAGCUCGUCUUCUACUUCAAGCCCGAGCGCGUCCUCAUCCAGGCGGAUCUGCUCUUCAACUUGCCCCCAAGGGAGCAGUACUCUAAGGCGCCCGAGGGCGAACGCGACACUUCCUCCGGUUUCGGUAACAAAUUGUUUGGCGGCCUGCAGACUACCGAGGGCGACGUCAAGUGGGUGAAGCGCUUCCAGUGGUAUGUGAUGAGCAGCAAAAACAGGCCGAGCUUCAACGAGAGCAUUCAGAGGAUCGAUGCGUGGGACUUUGAUACGCUCAUCCCAUGCCACGGAGACACCAUUCAGGGCGAUGGAAAGGAGAGGUUCAGAAAGGUGUUUGAGUGGCACCUGGCUGGUACCAAGAAAUAG